UCCAACAUGUCCGAUUCUUUUGGUGCCAUGCCUAGCCACUGGCCUAGGGACGCUAGGGACGCUUGAAGCAUGGUAGAGUUCUCACCAGCGUACUCCAUUGAUGGGGCAGAAGCCUCGAAACUCAUUGAGGUUCGCCUUCAACCAGAGACAUCACCUGUCAAGCGCAAACGUUUACUCCCUCCAACCAUUCCAACAUUGCCUCUCCGGCGCACCAGCCCAAAGCGGGUUGUGAAGACCUAUUUCGUAGGCAUUAUUCAGCCAGAUAGCCCGCGGAAAUCUGGCCGUGCCAAGAGCACCCCUCAAAAGCCAGACAGACAGAAAAUGGUAGAGACAACCUGUGACGAAGCUGCAGAAAUUGAAAAUCGGAUUGCAUACCGCACUGAACGCGCAAGCCGAUAUGCGUCAGAUCGUGCGUUUCCAGUGCUGACCAGCAAUCACAUCCUUCCGCAGUGGUCGAGUGAGAGCGUACCAGACAGUCCCAAAGAAAGUUCCAAAGAAAGUUCCAAAGAAAGUUCCAAAGAAGGCAAAGAAAGCCCCAAAAGCCCCAAAAGCCCCAACAGUCCCAAGACAAGUUUGGGAAAGCCAACUUUGGUCUUUCUGCGCCGGAAAAAGACGGUGGAACUCGAUAAGGUGGAUCGCGAGAAGGUGAAGCCAUGGCGACCGUCAGCUGGUCCAAAGCCACCGGAGAAUCCUGUCUACAUGUCAUCAGGUCCCAGCCCUAGAGCUCCAAAGAUCAUCCCACGACCACGUGGAGAUCGCCGGAAGUCUCUGACUACACUAGAGCUUGCAACUCAUGAGAAGCGUGAAGCUGGCCGAAAGCGUGCUGAAGAACUGAAUGAACGCGUUUUGUCAAGCGUUCGCCGAAACAGCACGCAGUCGGUGAGUUUGGCGGAAUUCAAUGACCGGAUCCGGAAGGCCGGAGAAGCAAGUCGGGCAAAGAAUCAACCAGGCUUUGAAGAUGAGGAAGAAAGUGAGGCAGAGGCUGCAGAGACCGAUGUUCUUGGUGACUUACCUCACUUAGAUCUAGGUAGGCUACACGGGCCAUAAAUGUUGGCCUGUAAGAAGAGCCCAAACAACAUGCUUGGGGCUUAAAGACCAUGCAUUCGAAUGGGCUCAGCAACGACUCCAUGCUAGAAUGCCAAAGAAGUUUCACAUUUGGUAGCAUUUUCAGCCCUUUGACUGGACAGUGGCAAAGCCACAGUCAGCUGUGCUCAGCGUAUCUCAGGCUUGCCUGUUAGGACGAGAAGUGCUAUGGAAAAGAUAUCAAAAAA